AUGGUCAUGUACAUCCCACCACACCUACGGGGAAAUCAGCACCCGGGAAAUCGACAGUACAACCAGCCGCGAUAUCAGCAAGAACACUACGGGCAAUCUGACUACCCGCAACCCAACUAUAGUGGAGGACCGCCGAAUCAAAGAUACAACAGACACCCUAACGAAAGCCACGUAGAAAUAUUGGUACCACACCAUCCAAAUGAUGCAAUGCGGGAAAUCCAGGAGGCUCAAAAAGAGCAACGGGUGGCGUUGGAAAUGCUGACGAAACAACUCUCUCAAGUUGCAGUAUCGUUGGGCAAGUUAAAGGGAAAUGAAGCCACUAUGCAACCACCUGGUCAUGAGAAUAUUAGUGAAGUAUCCCUGCGGUCAGGGAAGGUCUACCAAGGCCCCAGCCAUCCUGCGAUAUCUCCACCAACUGAUUCUGGACCAAGCCGUGAGGAAGAGGGAGAAUCCAGUAGAGGUGGUCAAGUGGAAGAAAGAGGCAAGGAAAAGGUGGGAGGAGAGGCCUCGGAAGGAGGUCAGAAGGAAGAAACUGAAAGGGUUAAGCCUUAUCCGUACCGUGGAAUGGUGACAAGAAAAAAAGAUGCCACAAUCGAUGUGGCAAGCAUGUUCAAGGACGUGGAUGUAAAGAUACCGCUCUUAACGGCGUUAAAAAUGCCCCCGAUCAGUAAGUUCAUUAAAGACUACCUGGCAGGAAAGGUCAAUGAGGAAGGGAGACUGAUUACAGAUGAGAACGUCUCUGUUGUAAUCCAGAGAAGUGACCUCCCCUCCAAGAACAUUGAUCCAGGAAUGUUCACAUUCCCAAUUUCAAUCGGAGACAUUCAGGUAGAGCACGCCAUGUGCGACUUGGGGACAUCUAUCAACGUUCUGCCAUACUCCAUCUAUCGGAAGCUGAGAGAGGACAAGCUAGUUGACACGGAUAUAAUGAUACAGUUGGCCGACAGAUCAUGUAUUCACCCCGAAGGAAUUCUGGAAGAUGUUAUUGUAAAGGUGAAUAGCUUUCUAUACCCAGCUGAUUUUUUCGUAAUCAAGAUGACAGAACCCACGACAAAAGAGUCGAGUGGAGUCCUACUGGGACGACCAUUCUUGUCCAUGGCCAGCACUAUCAUAGACGUCCGCAAUGGGACGAUCAGUCUGGACUUCAAGGGAGAGCAGUAUACAUUCAAUAUCGAUGAGGCCAUAAAAAGGCCAGCCGACGGAGAGAACGUGUAUUCCGUGGAUGUAACUGAGCCCUUGGUACAGGAGUUUUUAGAAGAAGAAUUUUUAAAUAGGCAGUUCACGGACUCCGCUGUAGAUGAAGAGGUCGAAAAUGAAGUAUAA